CAGCUGUUUUAGAUUUACCUGGCCAAACACAAAUCAAUUAAACAAAUGCAAUUUCUGCAUUAAAUCACAGUAAAAUGCAGGAAUUUUCGGCCAAACGCGAUGCUCUGUUCGCCUGCCUCGACGAUGCGAGCAAAGAGCUGAAAGGAACCGCCUUGGAUCAGAGCAAGGCCAAGUCGCUUUCCAUCAACGCUCUCGACCGGGGCAACAGAUCCGGAAAUUCAUCCGGAUCCGGACAGGUGAUGAACUACCGCCAUGGUCGCAGCAUUGAGGUUGGCCUCGAUGCGGAGGACGGGAGAUUGCGGCGGAUGCGGGGCAAGGAGAGCAUCUUUAAGAAGCCGGAACUGCCCAUUGGCCGCUGCCUGAAGCCCAGGAAAACUCCGGAUUACCAGGUAAACCCGCACAAAUGGAAGAAGUACUCCCUGUCCGAUGUGGACAUCUCCGAUCAGAGCAAUUCCGCCGCCGCCCUCUCCUUUCUCCGGCAAAUGGAUGCCCAGCGCGAAGCCGAGGGAGAUGAUCAUGAAUCACCACACUCAGAUGGCAAAAUAGAGUUCAAGAAGACCAGCAAACUCAAUCGCAAUCUCAAGAAGCUGCAAGAGGAGGAAGUGGAGGAUGUGGAGCUGGACAAACCGCAGUUGAGGGGCUCCAAACUGGUGAUGCCCGAGUAUGUCAUAGGUCAAAAGUCGCAGAAACAAAGGAAAUCCAAAGUAAAGUCGAACCAGAGCCGUGCCUCUGGGAAACUUCAACUCUCUCACUUGGCGGAGGAGGAUGAACAGGAUGAAUAG